AUGUCUGCCAACGAACUAGUCAGGAUCGAUACGAACAUCCUGCCAAAAGCCAAGCUCGUUGUCGUCUUUUGUGGUCUUGCUUUUGCUCUUCUCAUCAGCUACAUAGAUCAAAAUUCCAUCGGUAUUGCAUUGCCUACAAUCGGCAAAGACCUCAACUGCGCAACAACAAUUGCUUGGGCUGGAACCUCAAGCUUGAUUGCAAAUACAGUCUUCCAAGUUCUCUAUGGAAGGCUCUCAGACAUCAUUGGAAGAAAGGUCGUCUUCAUUUCUGCUGUGGGCUGCUUAGCUCUGGGGGAUAUUCUAUGCUCGUUUGCAAAGACUGGACCGCAAUUGUAUGCCUUUAGGGGCAUAUCAGGAGUUGGCAAUGGAGGAAUUGCGGCGCUGUCUAUGAUGAUAGUCAGUGACAUUGUAACACUUGAAAAUAGGGGAAAGUACCAGGGCAUUCUCGGCAGUUGCGUUGGACUCGGCAAUGCCAUUGGACCUUUUAUGGCCGGUGGUUUUGUUGAAAAAUCGACAUGGCGAGGAUUAUUCUGGGUUACCUGCCCAAUGUCUGUACUCUCUGGAGGCAUGAUUGCCCUCACUUUACCGCCGAGCAAAGUACAUGGCGAUAUGAAGGCGAAGGUCAAAUCGAUUGAUUACUACGGGAUUGCGUCAAGUUCGGUGGCCAUUCUACUGCUUCUCAUCCCGAUCUCAGGGGGUGGCACAUACUUCGAAUGGAGCAGUCCAAUGGUCAUUUCCAUGCUUACUCUAGGGAGCAUUUCGAUGGUUCUCUUCAUUAUCGUCGAGUGGAAGUUCGCAGUCAUGCCUAUGAUGCCUUUACACAUCUUCAAAAUUCCAGCUGUGUGCGCCAUCAUGGUCCAAAAUUUCCUGUUCGGAAUCGUGUAUUACUCGCACCUAUACUACCUUCCUAUCUACUAUCAAAACGUCAGGCAGUUUUCGCCAAUACUCUCGGCUGCACUUACACUCCCUUUCGUGGCCGCGCAGUCUACAAUGUCGAUUCUCACGGGGCAAUAUGUCUCCCGCUUGAAGAGAUAUGGUGAAAUCAUCUGGGGAGGAUAUUUCCUGUGGACUCUGGGGGUGGGUCUGAUUCUCCUGCUAGACAGGACUACUCCCAGGUGGCAAAUAACCAUUAUUCUACUCCUUGAAGGAUCCGGGGUUGGAGGGGUAUUCCAACCCACCUUGGUUGCCGCCCAAGCACACUCUUUGAAGAGAGAUCGCGCAGUAGUCAUAGGUGUUCGAAACUUCAGCAGAUCACUUGGUGGAGCUCUGGGAUUGGCAAUCUCUUCGGCAUUAUUCUCAAACGUCUUGAAGGCAUCUCUCAACUCAAUAUCAACGCCUUUGCCAGCAGGGUACAAGUCCGGACUCUUAGCGGCGAUAUUGAAGAUACCAGACGUGACGAAUCUGACCCCCGUACAGAAGACUGGAGUUUUAGAUGCGUUUAUGGAUGCCUCCAGAGCGGUCUUCAUUCUUUGGGUGCCACUCAUAGGAGUUUGUCUAGCUUUGUGUGUGUUUAUCAAGGACAAGGGUCUUCAAAGGGCAGAAGAGAAGCAGCAGGCAUCUGAACUGAUUGCUAGUGAGAAUGGAGGUAAUGGAGAGAGUGACCUGGAGAUGCAGCCUCCACGAACUGAUUCAAUUGACGAGAAGGCAAAGAACGAGAUAAAAAUCAAAUGA